AUGAACAAGACCGCAGUGCCCUUAAAAAAAGGGAAUGGGAACGGAGGAAUCAAGAAGUCCAGCAAGAAGAUGAUCUCUUUUCUUCAGGCUUUGAUCUUUUUGGGGAGCCCUACAAGACAAACAAAGGGGAUGCACUUGCCAACCGAGUCCAGAACACGCUGGGAAACUAUGAUGAAGUGAAGGAUUUGCUAACUAACCAUUCUAAUCAGAAUCAUCUAGUGGGAAUCCCAAAGAAUUCUGUGCCCCAGACUCCCAUCAACAAAAACGAGCCGAGCUUUUUCCCAGAGCAAAAGAAUCGAAUGCUCCCACCUCACCAGGAUAACACCCACCCCUCCGAACCAAUGCCUCCACCUUCUGUCGUGAUACUGAAUUCCACUCUAAUACACAGCAACAGGAAAUCAAAAGCUGACUGGCCACGAGAUAGUCAUAAUUCUAGCCUCGUACCAGCCAGCCAGGCCAGUAGCCAGCCAAGUAAGAUGCCGCCACCUGCACAGGACCAGCCCCCAGCCCGACUGGAAGACUUCUUCGUCUACCCAGCUGAACAGCCUCAGGUCAGAGCCGUUGAAGAGGCAAACCCAUCUGCAAAGGAAGACAGUAGCCUUAAGUCCAGUGGAGGGGAUACUUUCAAAGAAAUCUUUCAGUCCGUCUCACCGGAAGAGCCUGAAUUUACCGUGCACGCUCCUGGGUCUCCCCUAGUGGCCUCCUCUUUGUUAGCUCCCAGCAGUGGCCUGUCAGUUCAGAACUUCCCACCAGGGCUUUACUGCAAAACAAACAUGGGGCAGCAAAAACCAACCGCCUAUGUCAGACCCAUGGAUGGCCAGGACCAGGCACCGGACAUCCCUCCGACACUGAAACCUUCCAUCGAAUUCGAGAACAGCUUUGGGAAUCUGUCAUUUGGAUCACUAUUGGAUGGAAAACCCAGUGCAGCCAGUUCAAAGCCUAAACUGCCAAAGUUCACGAUUCUCCAAACAAGUGAAGUGAGCCUUCCCAGUGAUCCAAGCUGUGUUGAAGAAAUCUUACGGGAGAUGACCCAUUCCUGGCCUGUUCCUCUCACUGCCAUGCAUACUUCUGGAAACUCUGAGAAGAAUACACUUUCCAUCCCAGGACAGGAAUCCCAACAUCUGACCCCAGGAUUCGCCUUACAAAAGUGGAGUGACCCGACCACCAGAGCAUCUACAAAGUCAGUACCGCUCGAGUCAAUGCUUGAGGACGACCUGAAGCUGAGCAGUGAUGAAGAUGACCUUGAGCCGGUGAAAACCUUGGCAACUCAGUGCACUGCCACUGAGCUCUACCAGGCUGUUGAAAAGGCUAAACCUAAGAACAAUCCUGUGAACCCACUCUCGGCCACUCCUCAGCCCCCGCCUGCAGCACAAGCUAGCGGGGGGUCCGGCAGCUCCAGUGACUCUGAGAGCAGCUCCGAGUCAGACUCGGACACUGAAAGCAGCACCACUGACAGCGACUCCAAUGAAGCACCUCGUGCGGCCACUCCAGAGCCUGAGCCACCUUCAACCAACAAGUGGCAGUUGGAUAAAUGGCUUAACAAAGUGACAUCCCAGAACAAGUCAUUUAUUUGUGGCCAAAAUGAAACUCCCACAGAGAUGGUUUCUGUGCCUCCUCCAAUCAUCCAGCCAAUGGAAGUCCAGAUCAAAGUGAAGACAAACCCCAGCCAGAUCCUGGCUGAACCCAAAGAGAGGCCUCUCCUCAGUGUUAUCAGGGAGAAAGCCCGUCCACGGCCUACUCAGAAAACUCCAGAAACAAAGGCUUUAAAACAUAAGUUGUCAACAACUAUUGACACAGCUUCUCAAAGGACAAUUGGAAAAAAACAGCCCAAAAGAGUUGAGAAGAACACCAGCAUUGACGAGUUUACCUGGCCCAAACCAAAUAUUCCCAGCAGCACCCCCAAAGACAAAGAAAGCAUAGAGCUUCAUGACCCACCAAGAGGCCGCAACAAAACCACUGCACACAAACUAGUCCCUAGAAAGGAACCGAGGCCACACGUUCCCUUGGCCACCGAGAAAAAGAAGUACAGAGGGCCUGGCAAGAUCGUGCCAAAGUCUCGGGAAUUCAUUGAAACAGAUUCGUCUACAUCUGAUUCCAACACCGAUCAGGAAGAGACCCUGCAGAUCAAAGUCCUGCCUCCUUGCAUUGCUCCUGGGGGCAAUUCUGCCAAAUCAAAGGAAACCUGUGGUGCCAGCCUGACCCUCAGCACCUUGGUCAGCGGCAGCAGUGGCAACAUCUCCAUCAAUAGUGAGGAACCAGCUUUUUCACCCAUCCCUGUCAUGCAAACCGAGCUUCUCUCUCCUCUCCGAGAUCAUGAGAAUCGGAAAAAUCUCUGGGUGAAGAUUGACCUUGACCUGCUCUCUAGAGUACCUGGUCACAAUACACUGCAAGCAGCACCAGCCAAGCCAGAGCACAAGGAGACUGCGUCGAAGCCCAAGCGCCAGACCGCUGCGGUGGCUGUGGAAAAACCCGCCCCUAAGGGCAAGCGUAAGCACAAGCCAAUGGAAAUUGCAGAGAAAAUCCCUGAGAAGAAGCCACGUCUGGAGGAGGCCACCACUAUCUGCCUGCUGCCUCCUUGCAUCUCGCCAGCCCCACACCACAAGCCUCCCAACACUAAAGAGAACAAUUCAUCCAGGAGAGCAAAUAGAAGGAAAGAAGAAAAGCUGUUUCCUCCGCCACUCUCCCCACUGCCAGAGGAUCCUCCACGCCGCAGAAACAUGAGUGGCACCAAUGGUCCCUUCGGUCAAGACAAAAACAUCCCUAUGAUUGGACACAUCACAUCUACCAAACCUAAGAGGAGUGAAGGCAAAUUCUGUGCUACUUUCAAAGGAAUAUCCGUAAAUGAUGGAGACACUCCAAAAAAGACAGCCUCUGCCACCGUUACAGUCACCAACACUGCUAUUGCCACUGCCACUGUCACUGCUACUGCCAUUGUCACUGCCACUGUCACGGCCACUGCCACUGCCACUGCCACAGCCACUACCACAACCACUACCACCACCAUUUCCACCAUCACCUCUACCAUCACCACCGGCCUCAUGGACAGCAGUCACCUGGAGAUGGCGUCCUGGGCAGCCUUGCCCCUUCUGUCCAGCAGCAGCACCAACGUCCGGAGACCCAAGCUCACUUUCGAUGACUCGGUUCACAAUGCUGAUUUUUACAUGCAAGAGGCUAAGAAGCUAAAGCACAAAGCUGACGCACUGUUUGAGAAAUUUGGCAAAGCCGUGAGUUAUGCCGAUGCAGCCCUGUCAUUCACCGAAUGCGGCAACGCGAUGGAGCGCGACCCUCUGGAAGCCAAGUCUCCGUACACCAUGUACUCCGAGACCGUGGAGCUCCUCAGGUACGCGAUGAGACUGAAGAACUUCGCAAGCCCCCUGGCUUCGGACGGGGACAAAAAGCUGGCCGUAUUAUGCUACAGAUGUUUAUCGCUUCUCUACUUGCGGAUGUUUAAACUGAAGAAGGACCAUGCCAUGAAGUACUCCAGAUCACUGAUGGAAUAUUUUAAGCAAAAUGCUUCAAAAGUCGCUCAGAUACCGUCUCCCUGGGUAGGCAAUAGAAAGAACACUCCUUCCCUGGCGUCUCUCAACAAUGUCUCUCCCAUCAACGCAAUGGGCAACUCUAACAAUGGCCCGGUCACCAUCCCCCAGCGCAUUCACCACAUGGCCGCCAGCCACGUCAACAUCACCAGCAACGUGUUGCGGGGCUACGAACACUGGGACAUGGCCGACAAACUGACAAGAGAGAACAGAGAAUUCUUUGGCGAUCUGGACACACUGAUGGGGCCUCUGACCCAGCACAGCAGUAUGACCAAUCUCGUCCGCUAUGUUCGCCAGGGACUGUGUUGGCUGCGCAUCGAUGCCCAUUUGUUGUAGUGGGUGCCCCCCCCAUCUCCAGCAUCACCACCCAUCACUCUACCUCUACCAGAGCACCAAUGGUCACUGGUGGAACUCCACUCAUUUGGGAAAGUUCUCUUUGGUUCUGUUUGUUUUUAUGCUUCUUUUGAUACCUGUGAAAAACAGAAGUCAUUGUAAGUGGACACUACAACUUGAGAGCAGUAUAUGUUUUAUUACUUAGUCAUUUUUCAGUAUUUUAUAUACAUUUCUCAGAUCCCAUCAUCCUUUUGUGCUUGAUAUGAUGACACAGUCCCUACAGUAUUGUUUUAAGUCCACACUACCCAAAACAAAGAAUGGGAAAUACUUGUGAUGAUAACAGGUUCCUGAGAAAUGAAAUGAGAUGUCUUACAUAUAUAUAUGUAUAUAUAUAUACAUAUAUAUAUGUGUAUAUAUAUAUAUAUAUAUUAUGUGAGAUCUUAGACACAAAGGACCUACAAAGAUUCAAAUUUUCAGCAAUAGCCAUUCCCCAAACUCCACUCUUAUGUCUAGAAAAGAGCGUAUUUCAGAAUCCAUUGUUAAACUUUUGUGGUUCCCACAGACUCAGUCUCCAGGUGAGAAUUUUCAUUGUCAAAACUCACGGGUUAGAUGUUUGUAGCAACAUCAUAAAAUCAAGAGUAUUAAGAAAAUAAACGAUCAUAGCAAUGCCGCUCUUCAACAAUACAAUGGCAUACAGCCAGAGCACUUUUCUUGCUGGCAUUCCUUCCCGGAUGCUCUAUUUUUAAAAUUUUAAUGAGAUAAAGUGGCAACAUUUAUUUUGACAAUAUCAAGGCAUCAGCUGGCAUUAAAUAUUCUUGAACUCCCUGAUCUAAAGCCUAAAUCCUCACCUAGGAUUCUCUUUGUGUAAAGCUCUCCUUUUGAGUGGCAUUUAAGUGGGUAUACACCCUAGAAGCCAAAAUACUGCCCUCCAGUUUUGGAGAUGAGAGAUUAGGAGAGGUCUGGAAAUGUCCAAGGAACUCAUACCUCUGCCCUUUUGCAGUUGGUAGGCAGGUCCAUUCCCGGCAAGAUAUUUUUAUUGUAUUUUGCUCACAUCUCUGGAAACAGAAGUCAAGUUAUCACUACCUACAAGUAAGAAUAUACAGCUUGCUUCCUAGUGACUUUAAAAUCUGGACUUUAAUUAUAAGCCACAUUUUCUAUUUUACAGUGUUUCUCUUCCUCCCCUUCUUCUUCUUCUUCUUCUUCUUCUUCUUCUUCU